AACCGAACGAUCCGUUCGCUCGUCAGUCGUGAAGAUCAUCGCACCCGAAGCGGACGUCUUUAUCCUUUCGAGAGCUUUGGGCUUGUCGUUGCCUACUUUGCACUGUUGUCGUCGUUGUUGUUUGAUCCGUUUGUCGCGUGUGUGUUGAGCAAGCCAAAAUGGUGCCAAAAUCGUUGCUGCUCGUGUGCUUGAUCGCGAUCGGUGUUAGCAGCGUGCUGGCGGAUGUUUCUCACAUCGCCCCACCGCAACAACAGCUUGAAGAUCCGGUCACCGACGUGUGCCUGUCCUGCAUCUGUGAGGCUUCGUCCGGUUGUGAUGCUUCCCUGCGCUGCAGCGGUGACGUGUGCGGGAUGUUCGCCAUCACCUGGGCGUACUGGGCCGAUGCCGGCAAGCCCGUCCAGCAGGGCGAUUCGCCCGACUCGCAGAAUGCGUACGCGAACUGCGCCAAUGAACCGUACUGUGCGGCCCGGACCGUCCAGGGCUACAUGAGGAAGUUUGGGCAGGACUGCAAUGGUGACGGUCGGAUCGAUUGCUUCGAUCACGCGAUCGUCCACAAGCUGGGAGGCUACAACUGCAAAAACACGGUACCGAUCGUCUACCAGUCCAAGAUCGACGAAUGCAUCCAGCGAAAGGCGAACGAGUACAGUGCGGCUCGUCAGUAGAGCGCGUGUGCGUCUCUGUUUUCUUAUUUAAUUUGCUAAUUUUAACACACAUCACGUAAGGCUCUGCUUCCGCUUCUUUAAAGUCGAAAGUCUGAAAAGGGCAUUGAUUUGAAGAAUUUGAAGAUUUGAGAAUACAUUUGCUUUCGAAAUACAUACAAGUACACCAAUAACUGAA